UAUAAGUGGUAAACUCAUUUCACACACACACAGUUGGCUAGUCACCUGGAAAUCACCAUGUCCGGAAACCAAGCUCGGAGUCGCACUGUUUACAUCGGGAACUUGGAUGAGAGGGUGACAGACAGGGUUCUGUAUGAUAUUCUGAUUCAAGCUGGGCGUGUUGUUGAUCUGAUUAUCCCUAAGGACAGGGAAACGGAUAGGCCAAAAGGUUUUGCCUUUGCUGAAUAUGAAAGUGAGGAGAUUGCUGACUAUGCUAUCAGGCUGUUCUCUGGUCUUGUCACUCUCUACAACCGUACUCUAAGAUUUGGGUUCUCUGGGCAAGACAAGUCCUCGUCAAGCACAUCCACAGUAAGGCCGACUUUCAAUGCAAGAUCUCAACCUGUACCCUGUAAUGAUAUGGGGUUAUCUCCUCACUCAAUGAGAUCACCACCACCAUUUAAUUCGUCAGCACAACAGGCAAAUUAUGCACAAGCUCCAUUAAACCAAUCUAGUGCAUAUCAAUCAUCACGUUAUCAAGGCAGUGGAUAUAACAACAGGGGAAGAGUUUUUGGGGCAGCAUUGGAUACUAUCACCCGCUCUAGAUAGCUUUAGUGAUACAAGCAAUCGGUAUAAUUAAGCUUUGAACUGAUGUCUUGGAGAAUCUGUCAAGGACAGUCUCUAGUAGUUGUAUUGCUCAAGCUAGAUAUUUAGUUGGGCACUGUACUAUGGGAAGUCAUGCUUCCUAGCUCAUCACAAUCUUUGUAUUGUGUGAAAUAGUCAUUUCUAACUGUUUUUACCUGGAGUUGCAUUGUGCUUUGAGCUAUAAAUUUAUUGGUUUUAGACA